GUCACUCCGAAGAUUUCAUGGAAAGCAUAUAUGAAUCAUUGCUUGAUGGAAGUUUCCCAGUGGAAAGUUCAGUCCCUAUGCAGAGUAAUGGAUGUUUCUGGGGUAAUGCACAGGAUGGUGGUACACAGGCACCCUUCAGCCUUGGAGGACAACAAAAUCAAGAAGAGGAAUGUACUGGUGCGUUAAACCAAUCUGCUGCAGUUAACCAGAAACUAGAUAUUUCUGCUGAAAAAGUUUUAUCUGUGCUUGAUUUCCCAAGUCAGACAGACAGCAGUCAGUCAAGUCAAACUGAUUCACAGAACAUGGACGUCUUGAAAUAUCAGUAUUUGACAAAAAUGCUCACUUCAGGUAGCAUCCUCAGUCAUGCUUUACGAAGAAAAGAAUACAGUGCAUAACAAUUUUUUUUUUUUUAGCAUGUUAAUAUGAAGCCUCUUUUCAAAAUUUGCUGUUUGUUACGUAAUUGGACAGGUCAACUUUGUGCAGUCCUAAUAAGUGCUUAUGUUACAGGGGGGUUAACUCCCUACAAUGUUAAUGAGAACUUAAUUGGAAAACUACCCCUUUGCAAUCAGGGCACUGCAGGGUCAGGGAUCCCCUGUGGUGCAUCCUUAUAUAUUGUAGUACCGUAUAUAGGAGUUAAGACUAUAGACUCUUUCUAUAAUUAUAUUUAGUACUGUUGUUCAAAACAGGCAUUAGCUCUUUAUGUAAAUGUGUAUGUCAGAUUUAUGUGAAUUUGAUGUAUGCUCUUCAACAUGCUAGUAUUUUUGCAACUGCCAGUUUUCCUCAUACAUUUUGAGUUUUGAAUUAAGGUGUUUCGUCCGUACAUUGCUAUCGUAUUUAGUGGGGUCUACCGCUAUUUUAGUUGAUGCCUAUUUAUGUAAGAAUCUGCUUAUUUUUACCAUUUCAGGCAACUCAUAUUUAGUGUCAGUAAAAUUAUGUUGUGAGUUUGUAUUAUCAGAUUUAUGGAGUAUCAUUAUUUUGAAAUUUUUACACAUUUAAAUUUUAAUGCAGUAGCUAGUUUUUGUGCCACUUUUUCAUAAACUAACGAUGAUUUUUCAGUUAUAGAAGAUCAAUAUUGCUUAAGCCUAGAGUACAAUUACCAUGCUUGUA